AUGGUGAAAGUGAACUCCGAUUUAAUUUCUGCAGUUUGUAAAGGCGAACUAGAAACAUCGAGGCAGAUAAUCGAUUCUUUUGGGCUGUCGUACUCACCAUCAUGGGCGAACGGAUAUGUUUUGCUUCUCCACGCUCUCAGGAAUAACCAUGUAGCAGUUGCUAAGCUUCUUUUGAAGAAAGGUGCUAAAGUGAACAACAGAAAUAGUGAAAAAUGCCCUAAUGAUACUCCUCUUCAUCUUGCUGUUAUGAAUGGCGACAUUGAAAUCGUUAAAAUGAUCCUUAAUAAAGGUGCUAAAAUUAAUGCUAAAAAUCUAUUUGAUGUAACUCCACUUUACUAUGCGAUUGAAAAAAGGAAAAUGGAAAUUACUGAAUUACUCUUGAAACGGGGAGCCGAUGUUCCUGAUACUUCUUUAGAUUGGCUUAAAGGUUAUACACUACUUCAUGUUGCUGUUAUAAUGGGUAGUGAAAACGUUGUAGCUUCGCUUUUAAGGAUAAGUAGAGGGGCUACUGUUAAUGCUGAAGCAGAAAAUAGUAUAACCCCUCUUCAUGUCGCUGCUGGAGUAGCGAAAGAAUAUUUCAAUAUAUAUAUUGUCAAACAUCUUUUAAACCACGGUGCUUCUAUCCAUUCAUUAACAUCGGAAGGAUAUACGCCACUUCAUUUUGCUUCUAGACAAGGUAAUGCAGAAGCUGUGAAAUUAUUCUUGGAUUGGGGUGCUGAUAUUAAUGUUAGCACGAAGGAUAAUUUAACGCCACUUCAUGUUGCUAUUCAAAACCGAUAUGUUACAGUUGUGAAACUGCUCUUAGAUUGUGGCGCUAAAGUUGAUAAUCAGGACACUAACAAAUCCGUACUAAACCUUGCUGUUGAAAAAGGAUCUUUGUCGAUUGUUGAAUUGCUCUUAGAAUGUGGUGCUAAAGUUGAUAAUCAGGACGCUGAAAAAUCCGUACUACAAGUUGCUGUUGAAAACGGAUCUUUGUUGAUUGUUAGAGAGGUCUUAAAGUAUUGUCCUGAUAUUAAUAAUAAAAGUAACAGAAACUCUCUUGAAAUUGCGGUACGCGGCUUCAGCGUAGUGUAUGAAAAAAUUGUUGAGGCUCUCCUAGAAUAUGGUCUUCUCAUUAAUCCCAUACAUGCAAAUAAUCCAGAGCUAUUACAUGCUGCUAUUGAAAACGGAUAUUUGAAAAUCGUUGAAGACAUAUUCAAGUAUGCUACUGAGGUCAAUAUGUUACUCAAUUCAACUUCAACUAAAGGAGGUUUAACACCUUUACAUAAUGCAGCCAAAAAAAAACAGCAAGAAGUAGCUAAAUUAUUGAUUAGCUACGGAGCUGAUAUAAAUGCUCAAGAUAAAACUGGGAAAACCCCAAUAUUUUAUGCUAUUAAAAAUGCAGAUUUGAAAAUUUUCGAGCUACUUUUAACUAAUGGAGCUAAUGUUAAAGAUUAUCCUGAGCUAUUGAAUGUUGCUGUUGAGAUGGAAUGCAGAGAAAUCGUCGAAACUAUAUUGCAUCAUGAUGCUGAUAUCAAUGCUUGUGAUAACUACGGAAGAACAGCAUUGCAUUUUACUGCUUUAACUUUUGCAGAUGAUUUUAGUUCUCAAUCUAUUGAUAUUUAUUUAGACAAUUUUAAUUUCGAUAAUGGAAAACCUGAUAAUAUUAUUAAGGGAGAAAUCGCCAAGCUGCUUCUAAGUAAAGGCGCUAAUGUUGAUGUUCAAACUAAAAAUGAUGUAACAACACUUCUUGCGUCUACUUUAAAACGAUAUGCAAAAGUUGUUGAAGCUCUUUUAGAAUACAAUGCAAAUGUUAACUUGGCCCUGGAAAGUGGUAUCACGCCACUUCAUAUUUGUGCUCAGCAGGGAAAUCAAGACAUUAUCACAAUGCUUUUGAAUAAGGGAGCCAAUGUUAAUGCUAAGGGAAAAAAUGGAUCUACUGCACUCCACAUCGCUUCUAGAGCAGGAAAAGAAGGGAUUGCUAAAAUUCUUCUGGAGUUUGGCUCUGAUAUUAAUAUUGCAAUUAGUAAUGAAUUUACACCUCUUGAUUCUGCCAGGCAAGGGGCACGUUUUCUCCAUAAUCGAUUUGUAAGAUUUUAUGGUCAACGCCGUAACACUUAUGAGCUCUGGGAAGAACGUGAUCCUGGUGAUUCCUGUGAUGCAAUUGCUGAACUUCUUCAAAUGCACAUAGUUAAAAUGAAAAUCGCAAAUUUAUAUUUAAGUGAACGAAAUUUAGAAUCAAUGCGUUGCAAUGAUGAAAUACUACCAGCUUUUUGGAAUGAAUGUGAAGCGGAAAUAGCAAACAUGAGAAUUGAGAAGUUGGAUAAUGCUAACAUUUCAUUUUAUGAUAUUUUGGCAAAAAGUACAAGUUCAUUAGCAAUAUACAUGAGGAAUGCAGAUAUAGUGCAGGUUUUGAAAUCAGAGGACUACAAAACAAAAUUUCCAAUAUACGCUAGCAUGAUAAAAAGUCAUUUUAGAAGAGGCAUGGCAAGAAAAGAGUUACUAGAACAAGGCAAUAAAAUUCUCAAUUUUCUCUUCAAGAAUCUUCCUGAAUUACCACAUGACUGUAUUGAAAAAAUAUUAACUUACCUGAGUGGCAAAGACUUGAUAAGUUUAAGGGAUACUUGA